CAGACCCAGGGGCAUGUCUAGAUUCAUUCAUUCAAUUCAAACACCCAAAAAUAUAUAUAUAUAUAUGCACCCAAGAAACAGAAGCCUCGAGAACAGGGCGGACCACCUCAACAAACGCUAAUGCAUUGCUCCCCAUUCCUUCUUCAAUUCCCUUGUUUUCGUUUUCAGCUCCCAUUCCUUUCUCUUUUUUCUCUCUCUCUCUCUGACAAAGAAGCAAACAGCCUUUAGGAACAGAAGAAACGUUUCUGAUGUCUACUCUAAGCAAUUCAACAAAUAUAUUUUGGCAAGAAUGUCCAGUUGGGAAGGUUGAAAGGCAAAAGCUGCUUAAUCAAAGGGGGUGUGUAGUAUGGAUUACGGGUCUCAGCGGAUCAGGGAAAAGCACACUGGCAUGCUCAUUAAGUAGAGAACUGCACUCUAGGGGAAAGCUGUCCUAUGUCCUUGAUGGAGAUAACCUUCGGCAUGGACUAAACAAGGACCUUAGUUUCAAACCAGAAGAUCGAACUGAAAAUAUACGCAGAGUUGGGGAAGUCGCAAAACUCUUUGCGGAUGCUGGUUUGAUCUGUAUUGCCAGUCUGAUAUCUCCAUAUAGAAAAGAUCGGGAUGCUUGCCGUGCGAUGUUGCCAGAUGCAAAUUUUAUUGAGGUUUACAUGAACGUGCCUCUAGCAUUGUGUGAAGCAAGAGAUACAAAAGGCCUUUACAAGCUUGCACGGGCUGGAAAGAUCAAAGGUUUUACUGGGAUAGAUGAUCCUUAUGAACCACCAUUGAACUGUGAGAUUGAAAUACAACCGAAAGAUGGGUUUUGCGCAACCCCAGGUGCCAUGGCAGGGCAAGUAGUGUCUUACUUGGAGGACAAAGGAUUUCUUAAAGAUCAGUGAUAGAACCUCCUACAGCUUAUGCUCAUGCACCACCGGAACAUUGAUCCCCGCGUAAUCAUUCUACUAUCACAAUAGAGGAUGUCAUUUCAAACACAAGUGGCGUGGUGGCAUCCACAUUGCUUUAACACCUUCAGGCUCUUGGUAGAAAAAUAGUAGGCUUGAAGUACUUAUCUAAAUGUUUGAAACUACGUAAAUAUUUUAUGUUUUUUUAUAGAUUGGUAGGGUUUGAAAAAUAUGGGAUUGGUGCUGUCAACUUAGUAACAUUUCUCUUAGCUCAUUACCUACCAUCAAUUUUUUUUUUGGGGAAAUAAUGGGAAUCUUCGUUUCAGGUCAUCCAAAAGGGUAUCAGUUGUAAAAAUAGUUACAUCUUUUUUUACUCCAAUUUAAAGUCCACAAGUUUCGUUGUA